UUCCUGGCCGAGCAUGCUAGAUUGUUCUGGAAGAGCCGGCCCCAGUCUCUUGCCAUCGGGACGUGCGGCAGACGGUUCUUCUCUGACUCUCCCGAGCCUCCUGCCCCACCACAAUGUCCGCCGUGAAGGCCCUGAACCCGAAAGCCGAGGUGGCCCGGGCCCAUGCGGCUCUGGCCGUUAAUAUCAGCGCCGCCCGCGGGCUACAGGAUGUGCUGCGGACCAACCUCGGGCCUAAGGGGACCAUGAAGAUGUUGGUCUCUGGAUCUGGGGAUAUCAAGCUUACCAAGGACGGCAAUGUCCUCCUCCAUGAAAUGCAAAUUCAGCAUCCAACAGCCUCCUUGAUUGCAAAAGUAGCCACCGCCCAAGAUGACAUUACCGGGGAUGGAACAACCUCCAAUGUUUUGAUCAUCGGGGAGCUGCUAAAGCAAGCUGAUCUCUACAUAUCUGAGGGCCUUCAUCCCAGAAUUGUCACUGAAGGAUUUGAAGCUGCAAAAGAAAAAGCACUUAAAGUCUUGGAUGAGAUUAAGGUAUCUAAAGAAAUGGACAGAGAGACCCUUAUUAACGUGGCCAGGACUUCACUCCGCACCAAAGUUCAUGCUGAGCUGGCUGAUGUCUUAACAGAGGCUGUUGUGGACUCUGUUUUGGCCAUAAGGCAACCCAAUGAACCAAUUGACUUGUACAUGGUGGAAAUUAUGGAGAUGAAGCAUAAAACGGACAGUGACACUAAGUUAAUACGAGGACUUGUACUUGAUCAUGGGGCUCGUCAUCCAGACAUGAAGAAGAGAGUGGAAGAUGCCUUUAUUCUCACUUGCAAUGUGUCCUUGGAGUAUGAGAAAACUGAAGUCAAUUCUGGAUUUUUCUACAAAAGCGCAGAGGAGCGAGAAAAACUAGUGAAAGCUGAGAGAAAAUUUAUAGAGGAGAGGGUAAAUAAAAUCGUAGCCCUGAAGCAUAAAGUGUGUGGAGAUUCUGGCAAAGGUUUCAUAGUGCUAAACCAGAAGGGAAUUGACCCAUUCUCAUUGGAUGCUCUUGCUAAAGAAGGGAUUGUAGCUCUCCGUAGAGCGAAGAGAAGAAACAUGGAAAGGCUUACCCUGGCCUGUGGUGGCACUGCAAUGAACUCUGUGGAUGAUCUCACCCCUGAUUGCUUGGGUCAUGCUGGUCUUGUUUAUGAGUACACCUUGGGUGAAGAGAAGUUUACGUUUAUAGAAGAAUGUGAAAAUCCACGUUCUGUCACCCUGCUGGUCAAGGGGCCAAAUAAACACACUCUAACCCAAAUUAAAGAUGCCAUUAGGGAUGGCCUGAGGGCAGUUAAAAAUGCCAUAGAGGACGGCUGUGUUAUACCCGGGGCAGGAGCCGUAGAAGUAGCAAUUGCUGAUGCUCUUGUCAAACACAAGCCAAAUGUGAAGGGCCGAGCCCAGCUUGGUGUGCAAGCAUUUGCUGAUGCUCUCCUCAUCAUUCCCAAGGUUCUUGCACAGAACUCUGGAUAUGACGCUCAAGAAACAUUAGUAAAACUUCAGACAGAAUAUGCAGAAUCCAGGCAGCUCAUUGGUGUUGACCUUAAUACAGGUGAACCAAUGGUGUCGUCAGAAGCAGGAAUUUGGGACAAUUACAAUGUUAAGAAGCAGCUGCUUCAUUCCUGCACUGUUAUUGCCAGCAAUAUCCUGUUGGUGGAUGAGAUAAUGAGAGCAGGAAUGUCCUCUCUGAAAGGAUGAAUAAAAAGCGGCUUUCUGCAUUUCCUAUGCUCCACUUGAUUUGCUGGUGGCUCCAGUGAAUUCACGUCACUUAAAACUGCAAAACGAUAGCACCUAUUAAUAUGUUUGAUUUAACGUUCAGAAUUUAUUUAUUUCAGUUUUUUAUGGCACUGAAGUGUACAAGCUGACCCCCCAGUCUUUGUACUCAAUAAAAAGAAGUCUAAUCUU